AUGCGCGCGAUCCGCAAUACUUGGAUUCGCCCGAAGCUUCGUCACCAGUUUAGAUUUGAAGUAAACAUCGUUUGGUACCGUACGAGGACCAAGCGGGUCUCUGCUGUUGAAGUCGAGCAGCUCAACCCGGCACGGAACACGGGCAGCCCGCGCAAGUGGCUCGAGUGCGAGCAAAAUGGUGCGUCGAUCACGGAGCGCGUGUUUGUGGCCCAGGACUUGCAGGCCGUUGCGAGUCAAAGCCGGAGAAGCGCGAGAAUGAGUCGAGUGUCGGGCGAGCAGAGCUACCUGGCAUUCGUUGAGCAGAGCCAGAACGACGGGGUGGAGCCGUUCGUGGUGGUGGUUGUGGUUCGAGGAAGCGGGCGACUCGGAAGGGGUAGCCCUUUGACGAGUCUGAUUGUUGUUGCACGUGGGCUUGCCGGCGGUGACCAGAGCGACGGACACAGGUUCGAUGUGUGCGUGACUGCCCCGGUGACCCUUAAGCGUGUCUGCGCGGUGAGCCGCGGUCCUGUGUGA